AUGUUCCAUGUUUUAAUCAACUCCAAGACUGGCAACCGCUGUUUCCACCACACAACCCGUGCCUUCACCGCGGGAUCAGGCCUGGUCAUGACAGACCCGUAUCAGAUCUAUCGGGCCGCUGUCGCGUCGGGGACUUUGCAAGCAGAUGUCCAUCAGCAUCGUGCUGCGCUGGAAUUCCAAAAACUGUAUUUCCGACUCCGGGACUAUACUCCGAACGAUAAGGAGUUGCAGAUCAACAAUCUUGUUCGACAGUUGGAGGAGCGGUAUACCGAAAAGAACACUAGUUUGUUAUACAGGGCUAUCGGUUAUAGACAGUUUUGGGGUGGGAAAAUACCCGCUAACGAGCGCAAGGACCUGGUCGAAGUGCUGACUGACGAGGAGGAAAUCUACAAGAUUUCUGCUCCGCAGGGACUACUGGUGAAUGGAGAGGUUGGAUGUGGGAAAUCGAUGCUACUCAACACUUUUGCCGAGUCGCUCCCUGUUAAGGGGAAGUUGAGGGUUCAUUAUAAUAAUUUCAUUUUAUGGGUCUAUUCCGAGAUCCAUAACAUCUACGAACGCCGCAAACGCCAGGAUCAGAGCAACCAUAGCUUUCUGUGGCUCGAGAACGAGUUUUUGUUGCUCGAGGUGGCCUCGAAAAUGGUCCGCAACCAUCACGUGCUCAUGUUGGACGAGUUUAUGCUACCCGAUCUGGCCUCGGCGAAAAUCGUCAAGAUCCUGUUUACCUACUUCUUCAAGCUAGGAGGCGUCUUGGUGGCUACUUCGAACCGACUGCCCGAGGAACUCUACUCGACAGAUUUCAAUAAGACCCAGUUCCACGGUUUCGAGCGAAUCUUGAAGAUGCGUUGCCAGGUGUUUGAUAUGAACAGUGACUGCGAUUACAGGAUGCUGAUGGCCGACCAAAAAGUCGACCCGUACCUGGUGGUGAAGAAGGAUCCCCAGCAACAGAGAGUAUGGGAAGCACUAAUCCAAGGGUUGAUGCCACAGGAGACCCAGUCCACCACGUUCGUGAGCUACGGCCGAGAAAUCAGAGUGCCUAAACACCAUAAUGGCGUAGCAUACUUUGAUUUUGAGCAGCUCUGUGGUGACUCGUAUUACGGCCCGGGAGAGUACAUAUCUCUGGCUUCUCGGUUCCACACACUUGUCGUGGACAAUAUUCCUGUUCUCACAACACGUCGACGCAGCGAGGCUCGUCGGUUCAUCACGUUGCUUGAUUCGCUAUACGAAGCACGUUGCAACGUUGUUCUGCGCAUGGAAGUUGAGCCGUCGGGGCUCUUUUUCCCAGACAUGUUGCAGAAAGAGGAUACCAGAUCGAACAACCAGCAGAUUCUGGAGGAGGAGAUGUUUGCAAGGACACAGCUGUACUUGUCGAAUCCGUACCGGCCGAAUGUGCAGAGUUACGAGGAGGGCAAGAACGAGUUCACACAGACGACUGUGGAGACGAAUUUCAAGGACGUUGGCCGGUUUACUGGAGAAGAUGAGAUGUUUGCAUAUAAACGGGCCGUGAGCCGGAUUUACGAGAUGACUUACGGAAACCAAUGGCGGAAGAACGAGUGGAUGGGUGCACAGAUGCUCAGACCGUGGGAACAACGGCGCGACUCAGAGAUAUCCGAAGUGAUGGAACAGGUUUAUUCUGCACCGCCUGCACAGCCCGCACAGCCAGUGCAACCGGAAUCCACAGCACCGGUUUUCAACCCGCACCAUUUCUGGUCGAUGGGCCGCUGGAGAAACAAAAGCAAGUGGAUCAAGGACGAGAUCGCCAAAAGAUGGAUCGCCGAGUGGAAAUAA